AUGGAGAUCAAUCAUGAUGUAAAGCGUGAGGAAGUCAAAACACUUGUGAGAAAAAUGAUGGAAGGGGACAAAGGGAAGCAAAUGAGGAGCACCGCUCGGGAAUGGAAAAAGAAAGCUGAAGCAGCUACUGAUGUCAGGGGAUCAUCCUAUAACAACUUUGAUAAAUUCAUCAAAGAGGCUCUUCAUCAUGAAGAGAAUGUGCACUUUAGAAUCAUUCCGUUUUAUGUUGCCUAA